AUGCCAGGCAGUAUGAUCGACGAGAAAGACGAUCAGUGGGAGGUCGAGGAGCGGGAAGGCUCUUUGACGACGGCCAACAGUCAAGAGCGUCUGCCUUUGUGGAAGGCGAUCAAAAAGUACUGGAUUAUAACCGGGUGGACCUUCGGCCUGACGCUCGGGAUCCUGCUCUGGGGCUACGAUCUUGUGAUUGUCGGAGUGGUGGCAUCUCUUCCAGCGUUCCAGGAGAAGUUCGGCGAAGCGUACGAAGACCGCUUCAUCAUCCCAGCAGCAUGGCUCUCAGCAUGGGCCGUAUCGACCAACAUCGGACUAAUGGCUGGCGCCGUGCUGACCGGGCAGGUCCAAGAUCGAAUCGGCCGAAAAUGGACGUUGAACAUUAUGAGUGUGAUCUGCUCCGUCUCGGUCGCAAUAUGCUACGUCUCCGAUCUUCCAACCACGCCGGACGGCAGGCGAGGCGUUUACUUUGUCGCGAAGACAGUGCAGGGCUUUUCGAUUGGUGGCAUCAUGACCACAAUCCAGACCUGGCUAUCAGAGGUUCUGCCGACGGAUCUGCGAGGGCCGUUCAUGGCUGUGUUUCCAAUCUUCAAACUGCUUGGGCAGCUUGUUGGUGCCGUGGUCUCACUGGUAGUUGUCGACUACCCCGGAUCAUCAUCCUAUCGAGUUUGCUUCGCAACGCAAUGGCCCUUCUCUGCGCUCCUGACCAUUCUGACCAUCUUCCUGCCAGAAAGUCCUGCCUGGCUACUCCGCAAGGGCAAGGAUGAUGCCGCAAAGAGUGGAAUGAAUCGUCUUAGAGGACGUAAAGGCAACAACGCCGAGCUUGCGUACAAUCAACUCCGUGAGACCGUGGAGGCGGAGAAGGAAGGCGACCACAUCUCAAAGGAGUCCUACCUCGCCUGCUUCAAGCAGCCUCACUUACGACGGACAUUCAUCGUCGCUUUUGCCGAGGUCAUUCCAUUGUUCUUCGGCCUCCAGCUUCUGGGAAGCGCUUCUUACUUCCUCCAGCAGAUCGGCAUGGAUUCGGAAACCAGCCUGCUGCUGCAGGUCAUAGGAAUUGCUAUCGGCGUGAUUGCGUCCUGCGUCACCUUCUACACUUCCUCGAAGUUUGGUCGGCGAGUUCUUAUCCUGACAGGCCUGGCCGGUAUCUCGGUGAUGUGGUUCGGCAUCGGACUGUCCGGCAUCUGGCAGAACGAGGGCGCCAUGUGGUUCACCGCAAUUGGCAUGCUGCUAGUACUCUUCCUUGCCGGCUCCGGUCCUUGGCCAGCAUCGUAUGCAGUCGCGAGCGAGGCAUCCGCAAUCUGUCUCCGUGCCAAAACGCAAGGUAUCGGUUGGUUCACGUACGGUCUCGGUACCUUGGUAUUCGGCGUCGUGAUGCCCUACCUGUACAACCCAGAUGCCGCAAACCUGGGCUCGUACACGGCCUUCGUUUACUUCGCCAUUGCUGCGAUCGGCGUGACGAUCACCUUCUUCUGUGUUCCCGAGAUGAAAGGCCGGACGGCGAAGCAGAUUGAUGCGAUGUUUGAAGCUCGACUUCCAACAAGGAAGUUUCGGUCCUGGGAAGAGAAUGAAGGAGUGGGCCCGCAGCAAUGA